AUGGCAGCUAUUAAAGAAUUAACUAGAUUAAUGAACAACACUUUACUAAACGAGAAUGAAAAUUGUGAUAUUUAUAUAAACAAAGCUCAAGUAAAUAUAACAAAUAAACGUGAUGAUUUAGCUAUUUUAAAUUAUACAAAAGAAUUAACUAUUCAAAAGAGACAAUUACCCGAAGAUCAUCCAAAUAUUGCUCGUACACUUUUCAGCAUGGGUCAUUGUUAUGUAACAUUAAAACAAUACGAACAAGGAGAAAAAUUAAUGCAAGAAGCAUUACAAAUACGUCGAAAAUCAUUGCCUGGUAAUCAUCAUGAUUUUGCAUUGACCUAUAGUAGUCUGGGUUCACUCUAUAAAAUUAUAAUGAAAAGUGAAUUAGCUUUAGAAUAUUUUCUAAAAGUACGUGAAAUACAUCUUGCAUCUGGUGAACCUGAUUUACCUGAUCUUUUGAUUACUGAAAGAGGCAUUAGAAUGCUACAAGCUAGUGAUUAUCGCGUUUCAUCGCCAUCAUUAAAAUAA